AUCGAACCGGGCCCAACAAGGCUGCAUCCAAAAGAAAGGAAGAAAAAAGCCCGGAACUCGACGCAAUCUCACAGACGGAAGUUGUUGCCCGCAAGCAACUCCUUCUUUACAGUUUCGGACGUCGGGGCGAAAAAAAAAUCAACGUUACAAGGGGAAACCGUUGUGGGGAUGACUCUGAACACGGUGCACUGAUGUCACUAUUCUGGACUGUGAUUCGUCAGCUUGCAGAGAUCGGAGCAAUGGCCACAUCAAAGAAAGUGAUUACGAAAGAAGAGUGGGAGAAAAAGCUCAACGAUGUAAAGAUUAGGAAAGAAGACGUGAAUAAAUUGGUGAUGAAUUUCCUUGUCACGGAAGGUUUUGUUGAUGCUGCUGAAAAAUUCCGUAUCGAAUCUGGAACUGCACCAGAUAUAGAUCUUGCAACAAUUACAGAUCGCAUGGCAGUUAAAAAGGCGGUUCAGUGUGGUAAUGUGGAGGACGCAAUUGAGAAAGUUAAUGACUUAAAUCCUGAGAUACUGGACACAAAUCCCCACUUGUUUUUCCAUCUCCAACAGCAAAGAUUCAUAGAGUUAAUUCGGAAUGGGAAAAUAGAAGAGGCUCUAGAGUUUGCCCAGGAGGAGCUUGCACCAAGGGGAGAAGAAAAUCAAAGCUUUCUAGAAGAGUUGGAGAGGACUGUUUCACUUCUCGCUUUUGAAGAUGUUUCCAAUUGUCCUGUUGGAGAGCUUCUGGACAUAUCACAGCGGCUAAAGACUGCUAGUGAGGUGAAUGCAGCCAUCCUUACCAGCCAGAGUCAUGAAAAAGACCCAAAGCUUCCCAGCUUGUUAAAGAUGCUGAUAUGGGCCCAAAACCAGCUUGAUAAGAAGGCUGCUUAUCCUCACAUUAACGACUUGUCUACGGCCAUACUUGAAGACCCUGCCAUCUGAGAAGGGGCCAUGCUUGAAGACCCUGCUCUCUGAAAAGUAAAACUCGGUGUGACCUCGGGUCCGAGAGUGGAGGUGUAGGCGUUUAGACUUUAGAUCAAGUUUGGUGUAAUUGAACGUGAUGUAUGCAAUUUCAUUUGAAAAAAGAGGGUAUCUAGUCGUCUCUUGCCUGUCAUUCAGAUUGGAUUUAAUUCCUUUCCUAAAGCUUUUUAGUGGCCUUAUUCUGUUGUACAAACGAUUUUGAAUGUUGUCUCAUUAUUACAUUCAUUACUUAGGUGGUUGAGAAUUUCUCUAAAAUCCAAUUUGAUGAAGAAUGGAUGAGCUGAAGUUGAUACAAUUUAA